GACAAGCAGGUAUGGUAGAUACAUCGCUGUUUAUCAUCCGCGAAGUGUAAUGAAGCUGAAAUAUUAACGGUUCAGAGAAGAUCAUGUCUAUGGGCCUGGCUGAAAUGUUGGUAGGCCUCCCUCAGUCGAAGUUUAGCUAGCCAACCUCGGGUAUUCUCGGGAACCCAAGUUUCACAGGCCCAAAAAACUCCGAUUUAACAAGUGUGAAGUCAUUCAAACGAGCUUUCAGCAUGAAUAAAACAAAUAUUUGCUUGAGGUAAAGUCCUCGGCGAUGUGGAGUCAGUAGUUUGCGCGCAUUGUAACUGCGAGAGAAUUGGGCUGGAGUUGAAAAUCACUGUAAAUUAACUCGAUACGUGGGUAAUAAACCAUGUCAGAAUCAGACAUUACAAAAAAAUCAAAACCACCGACAUUUGAAACAUCCCUACCCAUUUCCAUCAAUAUGUCUAUCGUGAGCACGAAGAACAAAAUCUUACAAUCUGUAGCCGGCUGUUUACAGAAGGAAAGUAGCUAGUGCAUCCUCUCAGCCGCUAGAUGGCGCAGUGUGCAUUUUCACGUAGUGGACAUGUUCAUUUGCAUAUCAAAACAUGGUGCAUGAAGGAAAACCUCACCAGGGUACUAGAAAUGGAAUAUAAUAUUAAAAUGCAAGCAAAAAUGUUAUGGAUGAAAUGAAGAAGAGUUUACAAUGAAGGGCAUUGGUUCAGUGAAAUGGUGAUCAGUGAUUGGUUGUUGCAAGCAAGGCUUUACAUACCGGUGGUGUAUCAACCGAACCAGCUCUCUCAACUCAUAAAGCCAACAGGAUGCUGAAGGAUCUGACGUAACCUGAAGUAAAAGCGACAACAGCUCCUCAGAUGACUUCUUCAGUCACAUGGCCAUUCCACAUAAUCAGGCCAUAAUGGUGCUUCGUCAGGAGGGCACGACUACAACUACGGUACCUCAAACAUCUGCUUGUUCACUUUUUGUUGUCGUCAACCAGCUACAUCCUGCUGGUGGGAGGCAGGACAAACAAACUCUGUUUGCUAGUAAGGAAGCCAGCCCUUUGACCAAACCCACAAUCGGUUCAUGUGUAGCAAGUUUUAAUAAAGUGUCAUCAAUGUCUUUGUCAGCCAUGGCAGCUACUAACACCAGUAACCAGCUAUGUAACUUGCCAGCAGAGUCUACAUGCAAAGGCAUCACAGUCACUUUGGACAACAAUAACAUGUGGAAUGAGUUUUUCAGAUGUCAGACUGAGAUGAUUCUAACCAAGCAGGGUCGUAGGAUGUUCCCUUGUUGUCGUUUCCGUAUCUCAGGAUUGGAACCUUUCCAGAGGUAUACUUUAGUAAUGGAUAUGCAACCAGUGGAUAAUUACCGCUACAAAUGGAGUGACAGACGAUGGGAGACCAAUGGGAAAGCUGACCCACAUAUUUUGAGCUCCUUUGUACAUCCAGACUCGCCUGCUACUGGUUUAGACUGGAUGCAAAAUCCUGUUUCCUUUUACAAGCUAAAGCUUACCAAUAACUCCUUGGACCGUGAAGGCCAUAUUAUCAUAAACUCUAUGCACCGCUACAUUCCCCGACUUCACAUUAUUCCUGCGGAUAAAGCUGUGGAUGUCCUUCAGCUAGAUGGGCCUGAUGUUGUAACUUUUAGUUUUUCACAGACCGAGUUCUUUGCUGUCACAGCGUACCAGAAUUUGUCUAUCACUCAGCUCAAAAUCGAUUACAACCCUUUUGCAAAAGGUUUUAGAGAUGAUGCUCACAACUCCCGAUGUUGCAAGCCCAAGAGUUCUUCUUCCCCUGAAAAACUCGAGAGUGAAGUCAAAUCCAGCAAAGAGCCUUCAGCCUUGAAUAAUCUCAAGUCUUUGUUUGCAAAGAUGAAUGCUUCUGAAAAAGUCACUACUAUUGGGGACCUUAAAACUGUUAAUUGUGAUGGUCCCAGGAGAGUUGAGCCUGAGUGUUCUGGCAGCAGUAUGAAGCGUCCAUGGCCAGGGGGGCUGUCUGAUCUAAUUAAAGGUGCUCAUGUUAAGGUAAAAAGAAUAUCCCUUGAGAAAAUCCAUAACGGCAGUAGCCAGCAAAUGAAUGCUGAUAGUCUGGCUUCAAAAGAGAACAAUAUGGAUAUUGCAUCUGAGUCUGAGGACUGUACAUCGGACAACAUUUCAAUCCUUGAUGUUACCAAGGAAGUGAAGGAAACGGUAUCAUUUUCAAAAACUAUAGACUCGCCCACUUUAAAAAAUACAUCUGAGUCACUUUCUGCAACUAAUAUACAGUGCAUGCUGAAAAAAACUACUUCAAACACACCCUUAAAUGAAAAGGUGGCCGCAGUAUUGAGCGAAACGGCAGCAGUGACUGAUGAAACGUUGAGCAGUGAGACAGCUGCACAGAGUGACGGAGUCAAACCUCUUGACGGCGGAGGAGAAGUGAAGAAGAAGCGGGCUGAGCCUGUUCCACUACCGCUUCUCGCUCUAUUUCUACAGCAAUUGAAGUCAAAAACAAGACGCACCAGACCAAAGCCAAAAUCUGAAGCUUGUAGCUUGCCAAUACAGUCUGACGAAUCCUGUGAUGAUAUUUCAGUUUCUGAAAAAGAAUCAUCCUCCACAGCAUCCUUUACUCUACCACCUAACACCCAGGUAAAUGUACAGCCAGCAGCUUCCCCAACAUCUCAAACCAUCACAUCAUCCAGUUUAACAGGUACUGUAGCAAACACUGAACAUAAAACUGUCUUAACACCGGAUUCUGCCAUUGAUGCUGCUACUGCCUUGACAGCCGGUGUUGUCUGUGAUACACUGGAACUGCCCACAUCUGAGAAAGUAUCUGCUGCUACCUCUGCAUUUGCACAUGAAGUUAAACCCAACACUAGUCUUGCAGACACCAGACUUGACACUAAAAUUGUCUCCAGUAUCUUAGAUGACAUUUCCUCUGAUUGUGAUCCUAAAGCUUUUCCCUCUACAACUCCCAGUAAUGAAUUUGUGCAAAGUGCUGCCACUACUGACACAUCCACCACAGACCCUGCUCAUAAAUCCUGUACGGUCCCAAGUCCUGAACCUGUACCAGAGACCGCUUCACAGUCCCCUGCUCCAGGGGUUAAAACCCCGUCCUCACCAUUUUGUGCACCAUCCUCUCCAUACAUGUCCGCUCCUUCCUCUCCUGACCCGUUUCCACCGAGCAUGUUCUCUGAUAGACCCAUACCUCCUAGAAAGACACUAGACCCAUUUCCACCUUGCUUAUCAAUUGAUAGACCACGACCAUUGCUAGAGAUAGCUGAGCCAGUAUCACAGAGAUUUUUCACAUCACUUGGAGACCCAGGUCCAACUGUAUGCGAUGUUAGAAAUGAGGUGAACUGUCCUGUAAUUUCCCAUGACCCUGAUAUUCCAAAGGAAGUAAAACAGCCCCCGAAGACCAGUAAAGGCACAAAAUCCAAGGUGAAACAAAAGAAAGGUUGGAAGUCAAAGCUGAGUGAAGAUACAGAGGUGAUGGAAGGCCCCAUUCCUGUCCCAAUGCAGCCCAAUCUUGAAGAAGUGGAGGGUCAAUUGUUUGUUUCCUUCAUGUCAAAGAAAGCACUUGAAAUUCAUCUUGGCGAUGAAGCUAAAGAAGAAGUUUUACAAAAAACAACACAAAAUAUAGACGGUGAAGUCCAUGAUGAAAAGGAAAGAAUUGACGCUCUUGAAAAGGUCCUUCUGCGUGAUUUAAAAAACAUGAAAUACAGACAGGUCAUUCACCCAGUUCUCCAAGCAGUUGGUCUAAAGCUGAACCUUUUGGACGUUACACUGUCUAUUGAUCUACAGUAUCUGGGAGUAUGCUUACCUAUUCCUCCACCUGUACUGUCACCUGAGGGAACCUUAGACACUUGCUCAUCACAGGUUCACUUCGUUUCUAGAACAGGGAAAACAACAGACAUCACUAAAAUCAAAGGUUGGAGAGAGAAGUUUUCCACAAGUUCUUCAUCUGUUUCUGGAGUCACCACAUCCUUGGAUACAGGACAAAAGAACCUCUCAGCUUUCUGUAGCGACAUGCUUGAUGAGUACCUGGAAAGUGAAGGCAAGCUUAUUGAUGAGCGAGCUGCCAGUUUCUCACAGGCUGUUGUCACUCCUGUGGCCUACCAGCUACCCACCAAGAGCACAAGCUAUGUUCUUACACUCGACAGCGUCUUAAAAAAGCAGGCACCUUCAUUACCAUCCACUCUCUCCAAGCCUUCAGCAAAAUCCAGAAAAACUGCACUGCGCUCAAAGAGCAAGGAAGCUGUGUCUGGGGUGAAAACGAAGAAAUCCGUCAAAAAAAGAGAGAACCCAGUUCCCAGCACAGGCAAGGAACCAGAGGGAAGCUCUUCAAAGAAAUCCACAAAGUCUAAUACACCAAAAUCAGUAUCUAGUGUGCUGUCCACUGACCCUGGCUUGUCCCAAAGUAAAAAAUCCCCCAAAAUGAACAGGAAGGGAUCCAAGACUUCACAACAUUCUUUACACACAGCUGAAAAAUCGGUUAAGGAUGGUGCAUCAGUGGCUCCUGCAGGACAGAGUGGUUCUAGUACCCCUGGUUCAAAUCUACCCAUGGGGCACAGUUCUGGCUUACCCAAAACCCUAGUUAAACUAAGGGAUGUGGAGGAUGGUGCAGUCUGGGAGGGAAAAAGUCGUACGUAUAUCACCAUGGAACGAGCAGCUAUUGCUUUAUCCUGUCUUGUCACAGCAGAGGGUACGAUAGGAGGAAGUCCUUCUACUGUCAUAAAACGACGUGCACCACCUUGCCUCAAUGACUUUUGCCGGUUAGGGUGUAUGUGCGCUAGUCUCAUUCAGGAGAGGCGCCAGAAUCAUUGUGGCAAACCUCAGUGUAUGCUGGGUUGUGACUGCCUUCGACGCAAAGUAGUGCUUUUGAAAAACGAGGACACAAACGAGGAGUCUGCCCCUGUAAAUGAUGAAGAAGAAGAUGUGUCCAAAGUGAAAAAGAAGAAAAGACGUAUUUCUUACAUUCUUUCAGGACCUGAAGCAGCACCGGAGCCAGUUCUUCAUGUAAAAACAUUAUGGGUUAAGCAAAAUGAUGCCGAUUCAGAGCCACUUUAUAUUCCUGAUCCUGCCAGGCCUCUUCACCCUCCACCAGUAUCACUAGAUCUCCAAAAAGACUUGGAGAACUUUCUACAUCCUUCACCUAAAAGAGGAGCUGUGAGAGCUGUUGAUGGGGAAAGUUUGAGCAGGGUCAAAAAUCAGGAAAGUCUGGAUUGUGCUCGUGUGAGGCCAUUCUGUGGGAGAAAACUGUCUCCUUGUGGACAAAGACGAAUGAGGGAAGUUCAUCCAGAUCUUAGUUCGCAGGACUUACUGCAAGAGAUCGAGGAAGGGGAACUUCGGCCACCUACUCAGUCUGGUCCUACCAAACGGCUGGAAAUUGUGUCAAAGUGCAAGUGGGCAACAGAAGGCAGCAGGUACGUUGUCUUGCGGACAGUGUGUGAGCGCAUGGCACAGGACAAUCUGAAGGACCCUUUCUGGGUCGGCAAGUACCAAAUCCAGCCCACAUCCAAGACUAAAAUGGAGACAGAUGAAGGAUCCAUCAUUACAUAUAAAGUGGUCAUCUCUCAGCCACACCUAGAGGAAAGUGAAGAGAAGAAGAAGGAGGACAGAAUAAAGCAGUUGGAAGCUCAGUUGAUUGAGACCAUAGGAAAAAGUGAGGUCAAGGGCCUCCCUCUUCUUUCUCAGGUCACACCUGCAGGUUUGCUAAAGGCUGAGAAAAAACCUUCUGGUGCUCUGGGGCAGAUAAUGGUCAAUGGAAAGCUAUAUCCACAAGCCAAACUAGAACUGGGCCAGAUGGGGGCUUUGCAUCCUGCCAACAGACUGGCUGCUUACAUCACUGGAAGAGUAUGUGUAGCUAACAAACAUGACGUUACAUCUGGUACCACAGGUGCCAAGACAUCGCAUACAGCUCCUACCACCCCAACUAGUGUAGCCAUGACAGCAGUUACCAACACACUUUCUUCAGCUGUCACAGUGGCUAAGCCUACAGUGGCUAAGCAACCUAUGGGAACAGAGGUUGUCCAGGUUGAGCUCAGCUGUAUAAAUUCCCAACAGCAAAAACCAGCCAGUACUGAUACUUUACCAACGCAGGGCACAGUUAAAAAUCUCAUCAUUUCUUCUUCCUCUAUGUUGACUGGAACCUCUGGGAUUUCAGUGUCACGUAACAUGCCUCCAAAGGCAAACAUACCUUCACAUGCAUCUCCUGCAUCUGGCACCAGAGAUGGCUCCAUACAUGUGGUUAGAGCAGUAUCUGGAUCUGGAUCAGCUGCAGCAGAGAAGACUUAUGUGUUCAGUACUACUGGAUCAAAUGUUGCGCUCUCCGGUAGUGCAGUCAGGUUGAUGCAGCCUGUAACUUCUACUCGUCCAGUUGUUCCAGGACAAAAGAUGGUGAUAUUAAAGUCAGCUAAUUCUGCUGGUCGAGUAAUCCAUCUUGUGCCUCUUGGUCAGUUCAGGGCCAUAAAUCCAAACCUCCGCCUACGUCCUCAGCAAUCCUCUCUUAUCCGUUUUCCAACUCCCAAACCAGUCCCUCUGACUAAGCCUCAGACUUCUACAACUGUCACUUCAUCCACAGCUCCUUCUUUUGCUACGCAAUAUCAGAAUACGGCCCCAGUAUACAGUACUAUAGACACUGUCAGGACAAGCAGCACUUCCACGAUUGAUACAAAACCAGUUAACACUCUCUGUGGUUCAAAGACCUUACUGGUUUGUAACAAAUCUAAUACGGUAAAAAUUAUACCAAUAUGUCUUAAGGAUAAGUCCUCAGGCACUUUAAGAGUUAUGCCUCAGAAAGUUUCUGAAGAUCUCAUCUCAUCUUCAUCAAGAAUCUCAUCUUCAGCAUCAUCAGCUCAAAGCUCUUUAGAGGGUCACCCUACAAAUCAAGUCUUACAGCUCUCUUCUCAAAGCUGCUUAAUCUCUAACAACCAGGCUCUUCAAAAAUUAGACAACCCUCUCGACCCCAGCUCUACACCAGCCAAGGAAUCUUCUGAAGACGACUCGCAGUACUCCAUAAUGUCACAUGAAAAUGUGAUUUUUACAGACCACUCUUAUACCUUCGAAAUGAAGAAGAUCACACCAUCUGAAAAGCAUAUUGAUGUGUCUAAAGAUAGCUCUGAUCCUGCAAACAACUCUGAGUAUCACAUGCUCCUCAAGGAUGUGCUGGACUUGGGCUUUGAACAAGCUGAGGGUUGUGGUACCAGCGGUGCUGUCCUUGGCAAUGAGAGUGGUGAAGAAUCUAAGGCAGGAUCACAUCUGGUAAAAGAGGAGAUGGAUUCCGACUACACAGAACUAACUGAAGAUUCAGAUAUGUAUAAUGACACUGACUCCAGCCAGUUCAGUGACAAGGAGGAUCUAUUUGCAGACACUGGUUUUGAUCGAAAAGAAAAGAAUAAGGAGAAGCAAAAUGCAGAGGUUAAAGAUUUGACUGAGAAGGAGGAUGAUGAGCUGGUUGAUAUUGAAACUUUUGAGGAGGGAGUUGAGAAAAUCUGUCCUCAGACGCAGCAUGACAGCUUUCAAAAUCAGUCAUCAGACGAGGAGAAUGAAAAUGAAAAUUUGAUUAAAGUUAGGAAGAGGAAGGACGAGAAGAAGAGACGCAUUACUCUAAGGAAUUGUUUUAACAAUCUGCAGCAGACUCUCAAUAUUGAAGAUCCUAAAGUUGCCAAAAUAGUUUUACUCUCAGAGGCCCUAGAAGAAAUUCACUCUCUUACUAAACAAAGAGACCGCCUGGUGAAAAUGUUGGACAAGCUGAGAACAAAGAGAGCUUUCUACAUUGACAUGACUUCCGAUUUAUCUGGAAAAAACAAAUCAUCCAUUUCUCAGAAGUUGGAUGAAAUCAUUGCUAAGCAGAAAUCUCUAGAGAGCAAAGACAAAACAAGCAGUACCAGUCUUAACCUUAAAAAAAGAGUUCCCGUACACUCGCAGAGGACCGUCAGAACAAAACAGAAAAAAAUGGGUACCAGUGACAAAGCUGAACACCUUAGCAAUAGCAAACAGAAACUGCUGGGAUCUCAGGACCGAAGAACAGAAAAUGUCAGCACUAAUCAGAAACUGACUGCAGCCAAACCACCUAUCUCUCACCCCACACCACAACUAAAAAACUGUCCUUCACCUGUUCCAGAACCUCGUGAAAAAACAAGGCCCAACAUCCUGUUGCGCAGCAAGCCUCAAAGCCUGGCUAAAGAUCAAGUGCUUGUUCAUCAAGUGAUUCCUGUGAUGGAAACAGUAGUGCCAUGCAAUCAGAUCAUUACUAUAAAUAACCCUCUAGAGCCCACUGAGAUCACAACCACACCAGGUGUUGCAGCUGUGUCCAUAUCUAUUCCUACCAUCUCCCAUCCACUUUGUGUAGAGAACCAACUUCCCAUGUUGCAGCCACAAGUCCUUAAACUGACCAGCAGCCCUGUUAGCACACCAGUUGGUAAUGUAAGCCUCCCCAAGGUCUCCAGUUUUGCUUCUUUGGUACAAUCAGAAAAGACACAGGAGACGUGUAACCCUUCAGAUGGGAUGGUUCAGCAGAAUCUUGUGGAAAAGGAAAAACAACUGGACCAACAACUUCCAGAGUUUGUGCCCAAAAUACCUGAACAUGACUCAAAGGUCAAUAUAGAAGAAGAUCCUAACAAGCAAAAGGAAAAUGAAGAAAGCGUACUUAAACCAGACCAAGAUGAUGACCGCCUGAUGUCAUUACUUGAUGAGCUUGUUUUUCUCAAUCAGACCUCUGAACCACAAGAAGAAGCUCAAAGUCUUACAGAGACAGGAGAUGUACUGUCAGAACUGCUCACUAAUAAAGAGGUAGAUAUGGACAGAGAUGACGAACGCUCUCUCAGUCCACUGUUUCUCAAACUAGAUGAGGAUCUUAUAACAUCACCCGCCUCAAAGGAUGAGGAGAUAGAUGAUAUUCCUCCUAAAGUAGAUGACCUGGUUAAAGUUAUAUUUGGGUCAGAGUCUCCGUCCAAUUGUUCAGAAUCAGAGACUGUUGCAAUGACCAGUGAUGACAGUACCCGUGUUUCAGUAAGCCAUGUUAAACAUGAUGCUCCGACCCCACCUCCUUUGCUGCAGAUGAAAACUGGAGGGUGUACUACAGCAGACUCUCCGAAAGAGCAGGCUAACUUGUCAUGGCGGCCUAUGCCAAAGCUCGCUCCUCUCGGACUAAAGACUCAGGAGACCGGGCACCCUAAACUGAUCAGUCCUCAUGCCCCCAAAUAAGACUCCAAGCUGCCUAGUCUUUAUAACACAUAUGUAUAAUAAACAAAUCAUCAGGGAUAUCCAUAGUUCCACCGUAAUUCAUGUUUUUUCAUGACUGUUAUUUAUUUGUUUGUGCGUACGUUUCAUUAUAUCCUGUUUCAUCAAAACUACCUGUUGUGCCUCUAAUAGAUCCAAAGAUGUUUUGGUUUUUUGAUUUAAAUGUUGGAGAAAUUGUCAUUGUUUCUUGUAUUUUAGGAGAUAAAAGGAAUGUUUUAGAAUGAACAUAACUUUGUGUAUAAUAUUGUAAAUGUUGUAAAAAUCUAACACUCGUGGUUCUGUACAAAAGUUACAUAUUGGAUUGUACAGUACCAGAUGUUUAAGCCUUAGAAUAGGCCAUGGCAUUUUACCCAUUGGAUGUGAUUAAAACAAAACAAAGAUACAGUGGAUGUUGCUCAAUUCACCAGUGUCGUAUCAAACCGUAACAUGAAAAGAAGCAGGCUGCCAGAAUCAACACAGUCUUGAUGACUGUUUGCCAUGCAUAACUGCAAUAAACGUUGCAUGAAGAAGGCAGACCACCAGUAUUGAAAAUGGGUUAAUAAUGCAACAUUGUUCUACACUUUUAACAGUGUGGUGAUGUUUAUUAUGUAUUACGUAAUAAUAGUUUAAGAAGAAGAAGCAGAAACGUUAGUCUUUAAUAAGCAAACAGGACUUCUGAGAGCUUACUAUAGUCUUGUUGAAGUGGCUGUAAUAAUACAGCAGCAUACAUACUAUCCUUAAUGGUGCUUUCCAAAGUUUUCUGCAAGUGAAUGUUAAAAAUGGAAAGAGUUUAAUCAUGCUUGUUAAUCGUUCACAUGGCAUGUAUACUUUGAAACAUUCGAAUUGUAUUGUCUUCAUUUUUGUAUCCCUUUCUUAUAUUUGGCUUAAAGGCAGUUAUUGCAUAUUAUCAAAGCAGUCAGGGACGCUACAACACUUUUAUAAACUGGCAACUUGAACUCAA